AAGCCGCCUGGCCCCGGGAGUGAACCGAACCCCAGGAGGAACGCGAGGUGAACCGGGCGCCGGAGGCGGGGGCGAUGAUGAUCAGCAGGCAGCUCGUGCUGACCUACCUCUACCUGCUAAUCUACGUCUGCCUCUCGUCGGGAGUCAUCCUGUUCAACAAGUGGGUACUUUCUCCAAAGUACUUCAAAUUUCCCUUUCCUAUUACCCUUACAAUGAUUCACAUGGCGUUUUCUGGAGUCGUAACGUUCUUCCUUGUCCGUGUGUUUAAGGUCGUUGCACCAGUCAAGAUGACAUUCCAAAUAUAUGCCACAUGUGUGAUUCCAAUUAGUGCCUUCUUCGCGUCAAGUCUUUGGUUUGGAAACACAGCAUACUUGUAUAUUUCAGUCGCCUUCAUUCAGAUGCUCAAGGCCUUGAUGCCUGUGGCAACAUUUAUAAUGGCUGUUCUAUGUGGUACUGACAAAUUAAGAUGGGAUCUUUUCUUGAACAUGGUCUUGGUCAGUGUUGGUGUCGUAGUUUCAUCAUAUGGCGAGAUUCAUUUUAAUAUCAUAGGAACAUUAUACCAAGUAACAGGCAUUUUUGCGGAAGCCCUCAGGCUGGUUCUGACACAGGUCCUCCUUCAAAAGAAGGGGUUAACUCUAAACCCUAUCACAAGCCUAUAUUAUAUAGCCCCUUGCAGUUUCAUCUUCCUGUUUGUUCCUUGGUUUUUACUUGAAAAGCCAGAAAUGGAUGUUUCUCAAAUUCAGUUCAACUACUGGAUAUUUUUCUUUAAUGCAGUUGCUGCAUUUGCAUUGAACAUAUCCAUCUUUCUAGUUAUUGGAAGAACAGGAGCAGUCACCAUCCGAGUCGCAGGAGUUCUGAAGGACUGGAUACUCAUUGCCCUCUCAACCAUUAUCUUUCCUGAAUCUAUUAUUACAAGCCUCAAUAUAAUUGGAUAUGCUGUUGCUCUCUCUGGCGUUGUCAUGUACAAUUAUUUGAAGAUGAAAGAUGUCAGAGCGAACCAACUUCCAGCUGAUAUCGCUCCUGACAGAGCUACGAAGGAUAAGAAGAUUUCAAACAUAUACAAGCCUGACAAUUUCAUGGAUUCUAAUGAUGAAACCACUGUUGGAAGUCUGGCGUCAGAAGGUGCAGGGGUUGAUGAAGAAGCCCCUUUGAUUCCUUCUUCACGCCUCUCCUAUGUUACCCGGACACAAACUGGCAGCUUCAAUAGCAGAUGACCAUCAUUUUCUGAAGUUUUGAGUUAGUUGAGGGAGCAAACUUUGCCCCAGAUUAACCAGCUUUCCUCCUGGGGAGUCUGAAAGAGGUAUUAGGAUGAUAAACUAUAGCCAUAUUAGAAGCUCUGGUGAAUAGUCCUGCAUUCACCUUGGUAUAUUUUGCUAGUUGGAACUGAAUGUGUAUUGGCCAGACACCUGGAGAUGAAGUAGAGAAAAGUGCAGGGAUAGGGUCAAAUGUUUGACCAGUACUUGGGAUCAAUUUGGUAGUUGCGUUAGAUAUAUAUUGCUUAUUAACCCAGCAUAUUGAAAAUGUUUAGCAGACCAUAGACGAUGUAAAGCAUUUUAUAGAUGCUAAUUUGUAUUGCAGUUUUGUUUCCGUUUCUGGAUAUUUUGUUC